CGCCUCUCUCUCGGGGCCGCCCCGAGCCCAGACUCUCCCCCUCCCCAGGGGCCGCCCGGGGCCCGGACCCUCCCCCUGGCCGCGAGGAACCCGGUCCCAGGCGGGAGGUGUGCUGGGGGCAGGGCGCCCGCGACCCGGAAGCGGGGACGAACACAGGGGAGCCCGAAAGAUGGCGGCAGUGGCCGUGAGCAGCGCCAAGCGGAGCCUGCGGGCCGAGCUGAAGCAGCGUCUGCGCGCGAUGAGCACCGAGGAGCGGCUGCGCCAGUCCCGCCUCUUGGCCCAAAAGGUGCGAGACCGCGAGGUGAUGGCCCACAGUCGGUAUCAAAAGUCCGAAAGGAUUUCCAUCUUCCUGAGCAUGCAAGACGAAAUCGAGACAGAGGAGAUCAUCAAGGACAUUUUCCGGCGAGGCAAAACCUGCUUCAUCCCGAGGUACCAGUUCCAGAGCAAUCACAUGGAUAUGGUGAAGCUGGCAUCGCCCGAGGAAGUCUCCUCGCUUCCCAAAACGUCCUGGAACAUUCAUCAGCCCGGAGAGGACGAGGUUCGGGAGGAAGCUUUGUCGACAGUCCUGCACUCUGCUAGAAGUUACGCAUCAAAGGUAUACUCAGAUCUACCUCCUUCCUGUCCUGCAUCGGUAGACCGGAGGAAUGCCAACAUUAUGGGACGGUGGUGUGUCUUCAAGGGGAGAGAUUGCAGGAUUGCGUGGCCUCGGAAAGAAUAUAAUAAAGAGAGUGGGUGUGAAUUUCAUCAAGGUAUUUGACAGAGUCAUGGUAUCCUUGAGGGUAAGCUGAAUAAAUUUAGAUCGGAUCAUAAUACUUCUUUCAGAAAGUAUUUAUCGCACGCCUGCUCUGUGUGAGCCGUGACGGGGGCAGAGCAGGGAGCGGGGUGGACCGGUCCCCGUCGCCGCAGAGCUGACGAGCCUGUGGUCCUCGCCAGGACAGGUUUGUGCGAGCCUGUUGCGGGGCUCCAUGCUGUCCCGUUCAGCGCUCUGUUGCCACUUAGAUGUCCCGCUGUCCCCAAGGAAGUCUGAGUUCAUCCUUAUCAUUCUCUUUGUGUUUUCCCCAUUCCUGUCAGUAGACGGUUUGGAACAUAGGAUGAUCCUUGUCUCUUUUCCACCCCUCUGGUUUUCACACAUCGCCAGAUUUUUCUUUGCAAUGUUUUUAUCACCUGUCUCGAAUUCCAGCUUUGGGGGAAUCUUUUGUCUACAGUUUUGAUUCUUCAGAUCAGUUCCAUUGGAAUAAACUUCAGAUUGGUUUCCCGGAUAUACUAACUUUCCUAAAAUACCUUUUGGGGCAGGUCACCUCCCCUCUUGAAGCCUUUCCCUGGGCCCUGGAUAGAUCUGUAUACCUGAGCAGACCCUGGUUCCUUGCCAAAAGAAGGGACACUGGUUAACCCUGAAACACUGAGGUCACCCUCUGGACCUUCCCUGUCCUUCCGCCUCGACUCCUGCUUCAGCCAGAGGGGUCUGCUGGACAGCGGUUUCCCAGCAAUCCAGAACAUAGAUGGGAAUCACAUAAAUCUCAUUUUGACCCUUUCUCCUGUGGGACUUACAGCCUUCAGGCCUCAGACUUCUCCCCUGCAGACGGUGUCGUGCACUGCCUCCCAGCCGUUGGGAAGCUCGCGGGAGGCCGUGUCUGCAGCACGCUCAGGACACGGUCACUGCUCUGUGCGGGUGCUCAGAGUCGCUGUGCUGGCCGCGCUGCCGUGGAGCUGUCUCCCGAGAGCAUCCCGUGUGUGUCGCCGUGGACUCUGCCCCCGCCGUUUCCCCGGGCUGGGGUGUCUCGUGUCCCUUCCAGGCAGCAUCUUUUAUUUAGUCUAGUGCCUGAGAGCAUUGCCUUCUGAGUCAGACUGACCUGAGUUCGAAUCUAGACUCUAAAAUUCGGGCAAGUUACUUACCGUCUCAAAGUACACGUUUUUUCCAUGUGAAAAUUGCGGAUGAGCACAGAACGCACUCCCUGUGUUGAGAGGAUGGACUAGGAUAUGUGUGAAGGGCCUAGUUGGGUCCCUCGCACAGUUAGGGCUCGGUGAAUGCCAGUUGCUGUUCCUGAGCUCAGCUGCCUUUUCCAGACCUUCCUUGACUGCCCCCAAAACCUCACUCCUUCCUUCUCUAAUUCCCACUCACCUGGCUUCUCACAUAUACCCCCCGUUUUAUUUCUCCUUGGGGGUACAUUUCUUUUAUUGCUGAUAGACUUCAUGAAACUGAUUUAUAAUAUGAAAUAUAUAUAUAUUUGGUCUUUGGUGCUGGUUUCUGGCACAGAGCUCCUUAGUAAUUUCCUUAGUGAUAAGAGUGAUAAAGGUGGGGCACCUGGGUGGCUCAGUCGUUAAGUGUCUGCCUUCGGCUCAGGU